AUGGUUCUCGACAACGAAAAACUCAAGCAAGAUCGGGAAGACAACGCUGCCGCUGCCGCCGCUGCGAUACUCAAAAAAGAUGUAGAUAAUCGAACCAUUCACCACGACAUUGCCGAGAUCCUGACACGCCAGUCGUUCCUCAUCAUGAUGACCAAGGCCUUGAUCCUCUAUGGUGCACCUUCACACAGGAUCGAGGAGACAUGUGUGCUACUGGCAAGGAAGAUGGAGGUUGAUGCCUCAUUCUCGUUACUGCCGGGUCUCAUGACCGUCUCAUUCAGCGAUCCUGAGACCCACACAAGCGACACACGACACUUGAAGUGCAGCCAAGGAAUGGAUAUGAGCAGACUAGCAGAAGUCCACCGGAUUGCGCUGGCGGUUCUGAGGGGUGAAAGCAUCGAAAAGGCGAACCGGGAACUGGAGCAGGUGACGCUGGAGCCGCCGAUCUAUCCACUCUGGCUGACGCUACUGGGAUGGCUCGGCUCCUCUGCAUGUGUGGCUCCGUUGGCAUUCGGUGGUGGGUGGUAUGAUAUGGUCGUCGCGGGAUUUUGUGGUCUAAUGGUCGGUAUCCUCGGUAUCGUGGCCGGCAAGUUCCCGGUCUACGGCAAUGUCUUUGAGAUGACAUCGAGUAUUUUGGUCGGGUUUGUUGCGAAGGCCUUUGGCGAUCGCGUCUGCUUUUCGGCUGUCGCAUUGGCUGGCGUGGUGGUACUGUUGCCAGGUUUGCUAUUAACGCAGGCGAUUAUGGAGCUGUCAUCCAGGAACAUUGUCUCUGGUGCCGUGCGAAUGUUCUAUGCGCUCAUGUAUGCCUUCUUUCUCGGAUUCGGACUCGCCCUUGGUGCAGAGGCCUGGGAUCAUGUAAGUUACAGCCUCAGAGGACCAACAACAGCUUCGCCCACGGCAUGCCAGCACCCGAUUAGUCGCUGGUGGUACUUUUUGAUCUACCCCGCCGUCUCUGUAUGCAUCAACAUCACCUUCAACGCUAACCUCCGCCAAUGGUUCGGUAUGACAUUCGUGACAGCCGUAGGCCUUGUUCUGACCUUAUUCCUCCAGACUGGACCCCAGAUCACGGCGGCCAUUGCUGCGUUUGCAGUGGGGAUUACUGGCAAAGUGUAUGGACGAUUGACAGGGCAAUUGAGUUAUGUGCCGCUGUUAAGCGGUGUCCUUCUUUUGGUGCCAGGAAGUGUGGGUGUGCGUGGGAUCUUGGCAAUCAUCGAGAGCGACCCUUCGCAAGGGUUCACGUUUGUGCUGACGAUGAUCCAUGUGUCGGUGGCGAUCACGCUUGGAAUAUUCUGCUCGGCCCUGGUGUGCUACCCGUUCUGGCGCAAGAGCACCUUCAUGAACUUUUAG